AUGGAUGUUAAAAAUGUAGGAAUCAGUGCUAUACAAAUCUAUUUUCCUAAAAAUGUGGUCCGGCAAGAUGAUUUUGAAAAGUAUUGUAAUGUUGCGGCGGGGAAAUAUACUGUUGGCCUUGGUCAGCAAGAAAUGGGAUUUUGUUCUGACAAUGAAGAUAUUGUGUCGAUUUCUUUGACCGUAACCGAUAAGCUCCUACGGGAUUAUGAUAUUGACCGGAAUUCUAUUGGCUUUUUAGCCGUUGGUUCAGAAACUCUUAUUGAUAAAAGCAAAAGUGUAAAAACUGAACUCAUGCGUCUCUUUCCGGAUAACACGGAUAUCGAGGGUGUAGAUGUCAAAAACGCAUGUUACGGAGGAACUCAAGCAGUUUUUCACGCCAUUGACUGGGUUUAUGCUAAUUACAACACUGAGAGAAGAAAUGCUAUCGCCGUUUUAUCUGAUAUCGCUGUUUAUGAAGAAGGGUCGGCCAGAUGUACAGGGGGAGUUGGGGCUAUCGCUGUUCUCAUUACUCCUGAAGCGCCCAUUGCUUUCGAAAGAGGCUUAAGAGGAAUACACAUGACAUAUAACUGGGAUUUUUACAAGCCAAUUUGUAAAAAAGUAACGGAAUACCCCUUGGUUGAUGGUCAUAAGAGUUUGAAAUGCUAUAUGGACGCUUUGGACAACAGUUAUAGUUCCUACAAACGUAAAGCACAAAGACUCUGUGGAAUUGAACCGUCAGUUCAUGAUUUCGAUGCUUUAAUGUUCCAUUCUCCGUUUGUAAAAAUGGUUCAAAAGGCUGUUGGUCGUAUGGCUUACUCAGAUUUCUUGCAAGGCAACUACCAAGCUCCUGAAUAUGAACAACUUAAAAAUCUUGCUCCAACCACUUCUGUUGACGAUGGUGAUUUCAUGAAAGUUCUGCUCAAAGCAGCUGACCCGUUAUGGAAAGAAAAAACAGAGCCGAACAUAGAGUUUAACAGGCGAAUUGGAAAUAUGUACACAUCCUCUCUUUUUGCUCAACUAGUCAAAUACAUAUCAAAAGGAAUUUUUUCUUCUUCUUCUAGAAUUUUAUUUUUUGCUUACGGCAGUGGCUCCGCCUCUGCAACUUUCUCUGCUACAGUCAUAUCCACUCAUGAGAGUUUAUCAAAAAUGCAGGAAGUUUGUCAACGAGCCGUAAAACAGCUCGACCACCGUGACGUCCACAGUUGCUCAUCCUAUUAUGAUGCCUUGAAUGACAGGGAAAAAUUUUUAAUAGCUGAUGUUCCAUACAUACCAAGAUCUUUAUCCGAUAGCAGGUUUUCUUUCUUUGAUAACACAUUCUUCUUGGCUUCCAUCGACGAACUCUAUAGACGCUCAUACAGUCAGUUAAAUAGUAUAGAACCGAAUGGUCAGUGCAACACCGUCUAG